CUGAUCUCUGUGUUCCUUCAGGCCCAGAUGGGGGAACCCCGGGCUGGGGCCCCCCUGGAUGAUGGCAGCGGCUGGACAGGCAGUGAGGAAGGCAGUGAGGAGGGCACUGGAGGCAGUGAGGGGGCUGGGGGAGAUGGUGGCCCAGAUGCAGAGGGUGUCUGGAGCCCAGACAUUGAGCAGAGCUUUCAGGAGGCCUUGGCCAUCUACCCACCCUGUGGCCGCCGGAAAAUCAUCCUGUCUGAUGAAGGCAAGAUGUAUGGUCGGAAUGAACUGAUUGCCCGCUACAUCAAGCUGAGAACGGGGAAGACCCGAACUCGCAAACAGGUCUCUAGUCACAUCCAGGUUUUAGCUCGAAGGAAAUCGAGGGAAAUCCAGUCCAAGUUGAAGGCCUUGAAUGUGGAUCAGGUUUCUAAGGACAAGGCUUUCCAGACGAUGGCUACCAUGUCCUCGGCCCAGCUCAUCUCGGCACCUUCCUUGCAGGCCAAACUGGGUCCUGCUGGUCCUCAGGCCUCUGAGCUUUUCCAGUUUUGGUCAGGGGGCUCUGGGCCCCCCUGGAAUGUUCCAGACGUGAAGCCAUUCACACAGACACCGUUCUCCUUGUCACUGACUCCCCCAUCUACUGACCUCCCAGGGUAUGAGCCCCCUCAAGCCCUCUCACCUUUGCCCCCACCUGCCCCAUCACCCCCAGCUUGGCAGGCUCGGGCCCUGGGUACUGCCCGGUUGCAACUGGUGGAGUUCUCGGCCUUUGUGGAACUGCCGGAUGCAGUUGACUCUUACCAGAGGCACCUGUUCGUACACAUCAGCCAGCACUGCCCCAGCCCUGGAGCACCCCCACUUGAGAGCGUGGAUGUCCGGCAGAUCUAUGAUAAAUUCCCUGAGAAAAAGGGUGGUCUGCGGGAGCUGUAUGAUCGUGGGCCCCCCCACGCCUUUUUCCUGGUCAAGUUCUGGGCGGACCUAAACUGGGGCCCAAAUGGUGAGGAGGUGGGGGUCGGCAGCAGCAGCAGCAGCAGUGGCUUUUACGGAGUGAGCAGCCAGUACGAAAGCCUGGAGCACAUGACCCUCACCUGUUCCUCCAAGGUCUGCUCCUUUGGCAAGCAAGUGGUGGAGAAGGUGGAGACGGAGCGUGCCCAGCUGGAGGACGGGAGGUUUGUGUACCGACUGCUGCGCUCACCCAUGUGUGAGUACUUGGUGAAUUUCUUGCACAAGCUGCGGCAGCUGCCCGAGCGAUACAUGAUGAACAGCGUCCUUGAGAACUUCACCAUCCUCCAGGUGGUGACAAACAGAGAUACCCAGGAAUUGCUGCUCUGCACUGCCUAUGUCUUCGAGGUCUCCACCAGUGAGCGUGGGGCUCAGCAUCACAUUUACCGCCUGGUCAGGGACUGAAGGGGGAUCCCAAAACUGGCUAACCCCAGAACACUCUUCUCCCAGGAAGGAACCUUCGGCUCUCCUCAUGCUUCUUAUUUGAGGAGAGGGCUGAAAUGAAAAGGGAAUGAACUCACAAGCCUAAGCACCUGGGGCUGACCCCUGUUAGAAGGGACCCCAAAACAUGGUUGGUGAGACGAAUGGGCUGGGACUGAAGAAAGGAUAGACCUUGAUAGUGGGAGCUCACAGGGGAUGUCUGAAAGGAUUUAUCACUCCAGACCAUCAGGGAUUGGGGACAGGAGUGAGACAACCCCCAGGUACAGCACUGGCUUAGCCUCUGACAGCCCUUCUGGAUGUUUUGGAGGGCACUAGUCACACAUUGGCUUUUACUGCUUCCUGUCUUCCAGUUGCCUCUACCCUCCCAUCCCCCAUGUGAUCAACCCUUUCUGUGCAGGAGCAGAGCCAGGUGGGCCCUGGACUUUCUUUUUUUAAUAUGACGAGAUAUUUAUA